AUGCUUGAGGUUAUCCCUAUUUGGCAGAACAAGCCUCACGGUGCCACCCGAAGCGUGGUGAGGAGGAUCGGCUCUACGCUGCCUUUAAAACCGUGUCCAAGAGUAUGUUUUCAGGAGCUGCCAGGUCUUAACCUGCGCCAAACAGAUGGGCCCCACAUGCCCGCGCUAGCCGACAUCACCUGGAUUGCAGCCGAUGAAGAGGAGACGAUUGCCAGAGUGAGGAGCGACACACGACCCUUCAGGCAAGAGUGGCGGCCCACACCUCUCCUAGUGCUGCACAGGAAUUCCUCUGUGCCCAACUUUAGACGAGAGGGCAAACGCUUGGAGGGCCUGAGAAAGCCGGGCAUCACCACCCUGAACCAAACCACCGCCUUGCAGGACGAGCUAACCCGCCUGCGUGCACAGAUCUCAAAGAUAGUGGCGGGCGAGUCAGACUCAUGUAUGUACACCGGCUUCUCACUACUGUAA